AUUUGAGUAAUACCGAGUGUUAGCCUCUCAGCAAAACCUUUGAACAAUAUGUUCUCCUUUGCUUCCUCCAUUUGGGUUUUGGCGACCAAAUAUUUGAGUAAAAUAAGGUAAGUUUCCUCUUUUAACAUCUACAUAGCAUCCUUCACUUUUGCUCCAGGUCAGCUGAUAAUCGCACAGGAAGCGACGACGGAAGCUAGGAUGCCAAAGUGACGUAUUUAUCAGCCAAUAGAAAAGCGUGUUUUUACAGCCUCUAGCCUAUCAGAGAGGGAGUUGUAAAAAAUAAAGGCGGGGCUAAUGUCCCUUAGCAACGCUUGGCUCACAGGGAGUGGUGGCGGUUGUUUCAACAUGGCGACAGCCUCGAAACGAAGAGACGACUCGGGGAUAUUUUGGAUGAAUGGAGCGUUUGAUGAGGAUCAGGCCUUGGCAUUUGUUCCUGGGCUUGACAGAGGACUGAAGACUCCAGUGCCUUUCAGUCUCAGGCCAGACGGCACCGGUACAUCUGGUAAAAGAGGAUCCAAGCUCAGAGUGAAGCAUGGCUUCGACUGUAAAAAUCAAGGCACACAAAAGACAGCAGAAAGAAACCACUUAGAAAGUAAUUUCUCCGGAACAUUUACAAAAGAAAAAGGGCCAGUUCAACAUGUUGCUGUACCCAGCGUGCACACCAUCUCUCAGUCACAUGAUGCUUUGUCACAGGUGAACUUUGAGAACAGCAGAGAGAAGAGUGAAGUGUCUUUGAAGGACCUCUGUCUUGAAGAUAAGAAACGAAUUGCAAACCUGAUUGAGGAACUUGCAAGAGUAAGUGAGGAGAAAGAGGAGUCGGUGCAGCGUCUAAAAGAUGAACAGGGGAAUUUUGAACGCAAGGUCCAGCAGCUGGAGCAGCAGAACCUGAUGAUAGCACAGGAGAGGGAGAGCCUACAGCAACAGUACAGAGAGUGUCAGGAGCUGCUCAGGCUCUACCAACAAUACCUAACUCAUCAACAGGCCAAGCUCAACCAGUCCAUUGCUGAGCUCAGCCAGCCUCCAAACCACAGUAAGGUGCUCAGUAGUGAGGAAGCUCCCAGCAGGACAUCUGCAAGCAGAGCUAAUGGAUCACUCCUCGAUGGCUCGUACCUCAGCCUCGCUGCUACUGAAGCACAACAGGCCCAAGCAUGCCGGAGUGGCAACGCAAGAAGAGGGGCAGCAGAGAUGUUCAGAAACCCCGCCUCAGUUUCCUGCGAUUGCAGCAAGUUAAGUCUAAACCCUGAGCCAUUCCAGCAACACGUGUAUCAGAAAAGAGAGCGCAGGCAGCCACACACGUGCUGCCAAGGCAGCUGUCAUGACAAUGGCUGCAGAACACGGCAAUGGAGAAGUGACAGCAGCUCCUGUCUGGUAAACUGCCAUCAUGACACCUCUAGCCAGAAGGAAUGUGAAAGACCGCACAGAAGGAAUAUCAAGGGCUCUGAGKCUAAGGAAGACCUGACCAGGCCUCUGCUGGGUCACAAGGACUGGGAGGAGAAGAGGCACCAGCUGCUACUGCAGAAGAUGCAGCUCGAGACGGAACGAGAGUGGCUGCAAGCACGGCUGGCUGAGCAGGAGGAGAGGCUCAGCAGACAGAGUGAGCAGCUACGACAAUCGCAGCUUGAUUACAGCAGGAUUCAACAACCCAGUCAAGCUCAGCUCAGCAGCUCAAAUAGCAGGAACGCAGGGCCAGAGCGGGAGGAUCCUUCCCACCAGGAUUUACCCUCCAGUCUGUCUGAAGAAGCGGAAGCACAAAACUUGAAUAAAAUAAACACUGUGAGUGUUUCGGCUCCUUCCACCAGUGCAAGCGCAGCACAUCCCUUAGGACAGUCCAAAAGAGACAUGCCCAUGUCUCCAGAAAAGUCUUCUUCAGGCCUGAGUGUGCCCCCUUCUGUGUCUGCAAACCCUAAGACCCCUGAGACCAAGCUGGACCUUUCUUUGGUUGAGAUCCUGGACAUUUUUAGUCCCAUCUCUGCCCCAGAGCAGUGUAAGCCGGGUGCUCGAAGACCCAGAACUUCGCAACCCAAAUUGACCCGCAUCGCUCCCAAGUCAUCAGAAUCCACCCUGCUCACCCCCAGUGGGAAUUAUCCUCCGAGUUUUCGACAAGACCUGGAAGAAAGCCAAAUACUGGAAGAUAUAUUUUUUAUUUAUUAACAAAGCGGAAAAUGGAGCACGAGAAAAUAAAGUCACUUAAUUCUGACAAAUUACUUUUCUUUAUAAUGCUUUUCUUUUAAUUCUCAGUUAACACUCCAACAUUAGAAGAAAUGUAAUCCUGUAGAUUGUGUUAUUAUGAGCUAUAAUGAUGUUUUAUUUUAUAUACAAAUAAAUGCUUAUCUAUGCAGAAUUGGAUCUUUUUGUAAAUGAAAUCAUUCUUUUCCUCAGGAAAACUUUUAACUCUUAACUGUGUUUGUCUCUGAAGACCACUGCAAUGUAAAUGCAAACUGAAUCUCAUGACUUACAAUUGUCCAUUCUGAAUCCGACUCAAAUGUCCUCUGCAUAAAUCACAACCUCGGAAAUUUCAUGUAAAUUUGAAGCCGGUUUGUUCCAACACUUUUCUCCUUUCACUGCAUUUUUACAACAACAACAACAACAAAAAAGCUGUUUUCCUGAUGAGCUAUCAGCAAUUAUGACACCACACAGAAUGCUUUAUUCUAGACUGUGCUUUAUUAUUGGGCUAAGCUGAGACGCAUCAUUCAUUUAAAAUUACAAAAAGAGGAGUCCAGGGGACCAGAGAAUGGUGCAGUCUGGAGAAACAGGRGCGGGGGCCUAAAAGCGCACAGCCCAAUCAGAAGCUCAGCUCAUUAGGAACCUGGCAAAGCUUUUUAAUAUGCAACAUUCAUUUCCCCAACUCUCCCAUCUGUGCUGAAACUGGGAAAUACAGUAGAUUUCCAGAACAUUUUUGAAAAAAAACCACAUGAUGUAAAAUGUGAUUCUAGCAACACUACUGAGCUUUAGAAACAAAAGACCGACAACAGCACAGAAGAAAAAAAAAAGAAAAAGGAAAAGAAACUCAAAUUUUGUCUUUUUUUCUUUUUCUUUUGAUGAAAUAGUGCAGACUUCAUGGAAUUUUCUUCUUGGCAGAAUACAUCGGUUGAACAAGAUCAGAGCUCUGUCAAACAUUUAAAAAAAGGUUUUAAAAGCUAAGUGUUUCAUGCUACCAAGGGAUCAAUGAUUAACAAGAAUCCAGUGGAUUUCUGAUUACAUACAGAAUUGACAGCAGGUUUAAUAUCUGGUUGAAGAUGUACAAUUUAACCGAAGAUUAUUCUUUUUUUCCCUCUACAAUGUUUAAACAUUUUUAGAAUGAACAGAAAUGGUUAAUAAAACCAAAAAAAUAUGACCAAUUUUGGCAUUUUUUUCAGCAACCUCUCUUUUUUUUCUUGUACAGUAUGAAGCUAUAAUUACAGUAUGCAUAAGGCUUGUGUGUUGUACUGCAUUGUUGUGAAUAGUUUUCUAGUGAUAGGAAAACCCAAAAUCAGUCUUUUAAAGGAGUUAACUCCGGAUACUUAACAGUGGCUACGAUGUCAUGUAAAGUAGCACUCUGAAGCAUACAGAGCUGUGGCAUUUAUAGAGCUCGGAUCUUGGAUCAAACAGCACAAAUAAAUAAAUACAAUAAAUAAAUAAAUAGAUAAAUAAAUAAAUGUUUAAAAUCUGUCUCUGACAUCACUUGGUCAUUUGGAGUUUUUAUCUUUUUUUUUGUUUGUAUUUUCUUUCUCCAUCACCAAAGAAGGGCUGAAGGUGUGGUCCCUCAGACAGGAACAAGGAUCGUCUGCGGACCACUGCUGCAGCAGCCCGUGCAUGUCAUAUAAAAACGAUUUGGUCACGUACCAACUCAUAGAAAAAUAAUGCUGUGAAAGCAUGCAUAUCAUCUCGAACAUGACUUCUAAACAAAUCAUCUAAACAAAAAUAAAUAAAUCAAAUGAUUAGAACCCACA